AUGCGAGCGCAGGCACCGCCCACCGCCGUCACGGCAUGCACCGCGCCGCGGGCUCCGCCUCCGCGGGACUACAGAGCUGGGACAGCGCGCGAGGCCCUCGGUCGGACGCUCGGGAUUCGGGGACGGCCUCGGCACGCGGGAAGUCGCCCUACAGGCGCGGGAGAAAGCGCAGGCGGCGGCUUGGCAGGGAGAGGCAGGCUGCAGUGCGCAUUAGCCUGCGGUGAGGGCUUCGGGGCGGCGGGGAUGCAGAUUGGAACCUCAGGACGUCCUCGAGGUGUGCCGCUGCUUCGCUGGGAGCUAGAAUGGGGGCUUCGGGGCUGUAAAACCGCCAGAGGGGCUGACGCCUGUUCGGGUCCCGACAGGCUUGUUGCCCUGUCUGGCGUUGUGUGUCUGCGGUUGUUUCUGCCUGGCAUGCUUACCUCUUCGUAUGGCUUGCGCCUUCUUAGUUUCUCGUUAACCAAAACUGCCAAGAAAGGCUUGGAAUUGAAACAAAACCUGAUAGAAGAGCUUCGGAAAUGGGUGGACACCUACAAGUACCUUUUCAUCUUCUCUGUGGCCAACAUGAGGAACAGCAAGCUGAAGGACAUCCGGAACGCCUGGAAGCACAGCCGGAUGUUCUUUGGCAAAAACAAGGUGAUGAUGGUGGCCUUGGGUCGGAGCCCAUCUGAUGAAUACAAAGACAACCUGCACCAGGUCAGCAAAAGGUUGAGGGGUGAAGUGGGUCUCCUGUUCACCAACCGCACAAAGGAGGAGGUGAAUGAGUGGUUCACGAAAUACACAGAAAUGGACUACGCCCGAGCUGGUAACACAGCAGCUUUCCCUGUGAGCCUGGAUCCAGGGCCCCUGGAGCAGUUCCCCCACUCCAUGGAGCCACAGCUCAGGCAGCUGGGCCUGCCCACCGCCCUCAAGAGAGGUGUGGUGACUCUGCUGUCUGACUACGAGGUAUGCAAGGAGGGCGAUGUGCUGACCCCAGAGCAGGCUCGCAUCCUGAAGCUUUUUGGGUAUGAGAUGGCUGAAUUCAAGGUGACCGUCAAAUACAUGUGGGAUUCACAGUCGGGAAGUUUCCAGCAGAUGGGAGACGACUUCCCAGAGAGCGCAUCCGAGUCCGCAGAAGAGUCCGACUCAGAAGACGAUGACUGAAAGGGACUCAGGACUGAAGGUCUCCUGGAACCUUCUGGGUCUCACUGGACCAUCAGGACUGCUGCCGCCCCUCUGGGGAGAGCAGCUUUUUAUUUGUCUGUAGACAGGGAAUGUGAUGGGCACUGACCUCCUGUAAAGAAUAAAACUCUGGGCUGGGCACGGUGGCUCACGCCUGGAAUCCCAGCACUUUGGGAGGCCGAGGCGGGCAGAUCAUAAGGUCAGGAGAUUAAGAUCAUUCUGGCUAACAUGGUGAAACCCCGUCUCUACUAAA